AUGCGGACCUUCGUCUUCAUCAGCGACAUCCCCGCCUUCCUACUGGAGCCCAUAAUCAAAGGCGAUAAGGACAGCAGUGGCGCCGCCGCGGUGGCGGCCUCGAAGUUCGACCUUCGCUAUGAACGACUGCGCCGCCUGCUCGUGGAGCACUCGUCUGGCGUGAUGCUCGUCAUGCAUCUCGAGUCGAAGGGCUACGCGCUGGCCUUGUACGCCUCCGAGGGCGAGGCACUAGCGGCGUGUAAGGCGGAUAUCACUCCAGAGCAGCCGGGGCGCAAGUACCCGCCGUUGCGCCUGCGCAUCAUAGAGAAGGAGAAGCCCUGCCCACCAGAGCCCGUCUACAAGCCGUUCCUGAUGGUGGAGAACGAGGAGGUGCGCAAGGAAGAGCUUGCCGAUACGCGUGGCCUGGAGCUUGUGUAUCGCGGCCGUGCGGUUGCCAAGUGGUGUGCGCGAACGCUGGCGGGUGAGGACUGCUUCUUCGGGGUCUCGUGCUUGAAGCUGCACAAGGCCGCGGUGCAGAGGACAGUGCGCAAGCGGCCACGCAUCGAGGACGAUGAAGCCGGCGCUCGUUUGACGUGCGAGCAGGAGGCGGUUGUGAGGCAUCUGCUCUCAUCAGCGGAGGCUGCGAGGGCAGCCCUAACGCCGGCUUCCAUGGCCAUGAAAGACUGCACGUACGUGCCGGUGUCGGCAGAAGAGAUGGGGUUGCUGAGCCAGCUCGCGUGCGAAGCGCUGUCGUCCGCGCCUUUGCCAGCAUUCGAGACGCUGGAGGCUCACCCCACCUACCAGGCGGUUCUGCAGCGCAUCGACGAUGCCCUUCAGGCGCAGCGGGCCGCUGCUGUCGCCGGCGAGUCGAUGACGUUCUUUCCGCGACUGAGCUGCCCUGGCGGUGCACCGUGGGACUGGAGUGUCGAGUCCGAGGACGGCCGGCGGCUUCUCCGUCAGCGGUGCCCGCUCCCGGCGAACGGUGCACCCACGCCGCUGGAGCGCGAUGUGUACACGCAGCGCCUGUGGUACCACAUGAAUCAGCUGAACAGAUGCCACAGCGCGCGAGACGUGCUGCGGAUGUUGUGCGGCAGUCACCGCGCGCGGGAGGCGCUGCGUCGACAUAGUGAGGCGAUCGACGGUGGCGACGCCCGAACACACGCGUCGUCCUCGUCUUUGCCGUCGUCGUCGCCCGCCACGAAAGCGGCAGGGCUGACGAUUUGCCUGCAGCCGUGGCUGUACCUCCCUACCGUGGGCUGUGAGGUGACGGCGUAUCUCGAGCGCGGCGGGCGCCGGGUUCGAGGCGUUGUGCAGCGCUACGGUCAGGUGCGUCUGAUGACGUCGGCCACACUUUUGGCUUCGGCGUCUGCCGUUGUGGGCGACGCCGCCCACGUGGAUGCACUGCUCGCUCGGUACGCCGUCCUCGAGUCGGCGACCGAUGCAGCCGCCGAGGAGGACCUCACCGGGGAGCUGCGCGCACUCCAGCGUAGCUUUGCCAGCGCCGUGGGCGAUGUUGCACACCACCUGCAGACGCAUCCCGAUAGCAUUGGUGGUGACGGGGCCGCGUGGUGCGUGCAUCUGGCUGCGGUGCUGACGCCGAGCGUGGCCCCGGCAGCAGGGCCGCCGCCCCCCGUGACGCUGCUCUCCGCCAGUCCGUAUCAGCGCGCUCUCGAGGAGUGCUCAAUGUAUUCGUCUUUGGCGCCACCGAUCAGAGGGGAUGACAUGGCCGCCUCGGCGGCGACAGCACCUGCAAAGGUGGACGUGACGUGGAAUACGCAACGGCACCCGUACAUCUCACUCUUCAGCCGCAGUGUCCUGGAGAAGCUGCGUGCCGACGCAGCGUGA